UAUCUAUAUAUACAGUGUACAUUUUUUAAUUUUUUGUUAAACGUCAGUGGUCGCCAAUAGCACGUGAACACCGUUAUAUAAUAGUGAUUUAAAUUUAAAUCAUAAUCAUUUCGUGUGUGUUAGGUACCCGUAUCACAUUAUCACUGUAUCUGAUGCAUAGACGCGUAUAAACUGAUCGGGUGUGUUGUUUUUUACGCGUUUAAAAAUUAAAACCAUUGAGAGUAGGCCGAAGUUUUUUGUGUUUCUUAACAAGCCAUAAUUAUUAUUCAAUCAUUUUUAUUGACAGUGCGGUAACCCAACAACACGAGUAGCAACCGACACGUCACGGCUAACGGCCAUAUACGAGUAUACCAUUUUUCUAUAGAUAAGAGGCAAAUUGUUUGGAGUAUAAAAUCACGUGUUUAGUGCACAACGAUGUCAUCUAAACCAAUGGUGUUGUUAGUACGUGAUGAUUUUCCAAAAAAAGCCAUUGAUUUAUUACGUACAAGGUGUGACGUGAAGUUGCUAAAACGCAGCAAAAAAGAUGGAUUAAUAACCACGCAAGAUAUUGUUGAUUCCGUUCCCGGCAUGUUUUCAAUUUUCUGUUAUUCUGGGAUCCCAAUAAACGAACAGAUCCUAAAAGCAGCAGGACCUAGUCUUAAAGUGGUUAGUACCAUGUCAGUGGGAUUCGAUCACGUUGACUUGACGUCCAUGAAAAAAUAUGGUGUACGUUUAGGAAAUACGCCAGGCAUUCUGACAGAAACGGUAGCUGAAAUCGCUGUGGGUCUCAUCAUAGCCACCACCAGAAGGUUUUUCGAAGCGAACCGUGAAGUUAAAACUGGCGGAUGGCAAGAAUGGGUUCCCGGAUGGAUGUGUGGUAGAAGCAUAAAAGGGUCGGUCGUGGGCAUCUUAGGUUGCGGCAACAUCGGCACAUCGAUCGCCGAGAAAUUGAUUAAUUUCAAAUUGUCUCAACUUUUGUACACCAGUAGAAAUGAAAAACCGGCUGUCAAAGCCCUCGGUGGACAAUUGGUCUCGGUGGACGAAUUGAUGGAGCGUAGUGAUUUCGUCGUUGUCGCCUCGGCCUUAAAUGAGGAUACGAAAUUCAUUGUCAACAGAGAACGGAUCGCCACCAUGAAGUCCAAUGCCAUAUUGGUGAACAUAGGUCGUGGAGAGUUGGUUGAUCAAGACGCUCUGGUCGAAGCGCUCAGGGAGAAGAGAAUUCGAGGUGCUGGACUGGACGUGAUGACUCCCGAACCACUGCCAUUGAAUCAUCCACUAGUGGGCCUUGAUAAUGUUUUGCUCCUUCCACACAUCGGCACCUCCACCUUUGAGACGGAGGAAGAGAUGGCUGUGAUGACCAGCCAGAACAUAUUAGCUGUGUUAGACGGCUGUUCUAUGCCGCAUGAAGUGUUUUUUUAAAACCAAAGCCAUUAUCUGCAGUUCCAAGUGCAAAACAUAAUAACAAUUGUAUAUUUUAAAAUUACAAAAUAAAAAUAAAAAUUAUAUGUCGUGAAAUCAA